GGCAGAGCGUGCUGGCUGUUUGUCCUUGGGAUCCAGCUCCUGCAAGGGAUCGGCUCUCAGCUUUCCCUCCUACACCGCGAAACUCAGCAGCCCAGAGUUGGAUUUCCCGGGGUGUGGAGGGCAGGGUUCGCCUCCACCUCCAUCUCCGACCCUCCUCUCUCCCCGCCCCUUCUACCCCCUGGCUCUGCACCUCGCAGUGCGGGGUCCCAGAUUGAGUGGCCACGGAGGUCCAGGGAUAAGCUCGGCAGCUACAGCAUUGUAGUGGCUCACUCAGCCGGCCGCUCCCGUUCCUGCUUGCCUGCUCACGCUGUCCCACACAGAACCGGACCUGCUUUGGGAGCCUCCCAGGGCCAUCAACCGGUUGGCUGCACACUACUGGCUUCCUCCUUCCUCAGCUCAGCUGAACCGCAAGGGCCGGCGCAAUUCUUGUGUUAUUGGGAGGCCAAGAGAGACGGAAGUGGUGCUGAAGAUGGGCCCCGUAGGCGCAGAGGCCGAGGAGAACCAGACCGUAGAAGCAAAGGUGGAGUCCUAUGGGCCAGGGCACACCACUCCUAGAGGUGAGCUGCCCCCUGAUCCCGAGCCGGAGCUCAUAGACAGCACCAAGCUGGUUGAGGUACAGGUGGUCCUCAUAUUGGCCUAUUGCUCCAUCAUCUUGCUGGGCGUAAUUGGCAACUCCCUGGUCAUCCACGUGGUGAUCAAAUUCAAGACGAUGCGCACGGUGACCAACUUUUUCAUCGCCAAUCUGGCUGUGGCAGAUCUUUUGGUGAAUACCCUUUGCCUGCCGUUCACUCUGACCUAUACCCUGAUGGGAGAGUGGAAAAUGGGUCCAGUUCUCUGCCACCUGGUGCCCUACGCUCAGGGUCUGGCAGUGCAAGUGUCCACGAUAACUUUGACAGUCAUUGCCCUCGACCGCCACCGCUGCAUUGUGUACCAUCUGGAGAGUAAGAUCUCCAAGCGAAUCAGCUUCCUGAUUAUUGGUCUGGCCUGGGGCAUCAGCGCCCUGCUGGCGAGUCCCCUGGCCAUCUUCCGGGAGUACUCACUAAUUGAGAUCAUUCCCGACUUUGAGAUUGUGGCAUGUACUGAGAAGUGGCCUGGGGAGGAGAAGAGUGUCUACGGCACGGUCUACAGUCUUUCCACCUUACUGAUCCUGUACGUUCUGCCUCUGGGCAUCAUAUCUUUCUCCUACGCCCGUAUCUGGAGUAAGCUGAAGAACCAUGUCAGCCCGGGAGCUGCAAGUGACCAUUACCAUCAGCGAAGGCACAAAACAACCAAAAUGCUGGUGUGUGUGGUUGUGGUGUUUGCCGUCAGCUGGCUGCCGCUCCACGCCUUCCAACUUGCUGUGGACAUCGACAGCCACGUCCUGGACCUGAAGGAGUACAAACUCAUCUUCACGGUGUUCCACAUUAUCGCCAUGUGCUCCACCUUUGCCAACCCUCUUCUCUACGGCUGGAUGAACAGCAACUACAGAAAGGCGUUCCUCUCCACCUUCCGGUGUGAGCAGAGGCUGGACGCCAUCCACUCGGAGGUGUCAAUGACCUUCAAGGCUAAAAAGAACCUGCAAGUCAAAAAGAAUAAUGGCCCCACUGACUCUUUUUCGGAGGCCACCAAUGUCUAAGGAGACAGGCACGGAAGCGCAUGGAAGCAUUGUGACCAGAGCUGGGGAUCCGGUUGCGGGAAGGUUUUCUGACCAGUGCAUGCCGACCUCCCAUAAUACUGACUAAAAAGCGUGGGCAGUCUCGUUCCUGGAAACCUGGCUGGCAGAGCUGAGGUGAAAAUGGCUUGAUGACCGCCCCUUAGGUGGUAGGGGUGGAAUGGUGGUGAGUAAAAUGGAAAAACUUUCUGCUGUUUUUCCAGAGUAAAGGAAACCUAAACAAGGACGUGGUGCCAGUCUGGCUGAAAAGACGAGGUAGGUGUUAAUCCUGAGAGCACAGGAGGAUCUGCGCUGGGGAUGCUGCAGACUGCACUGCUCCCUCAUCACUUGGUGAAAAGCUGCUGAAGAAACUCAGAUUUCCAUGGGGAGCCAUAGGCUCUCUGCUAAGGUGUUUCGGUUUUAUUGUCCUUCCAAAGAUGAAACCCAAAUGAGAACUGGUAUAGGCGAACAAGGCUCGUAACUACGGGGAUGACUUCAAGGUAACUUCCAGCGAAUGAGCAAAUUUGCUAUGCGAUUAAUAUUUUGGCAACGAUGGGGAAAUCCUUAUAUACUCAGAGAGCAAUUAGCUAUGAUUAAAAUCAAAUGUACAAGUGUUGAAAGAUUUUUUUUUAAAUACAGGAUCAAAAUGUGAAGUUAUUAGAUUUAAAAGAAAUGUAAACUGUUGUUUGAUCUCUUGUUUUGAGCGUCCCCUGCUUUAUGUAGCUACUGUUCAGAUAGCAGGCCUGCAACGCAGUCCUUUUGCUCAUUGCCGGUUGCUAAGUCCUUUGGACCUGCACAACUCCUGUUUACCGUUCCCCAAGGGGAGCAAAGGUUUCACUAAAAAUUAAAUCCGACUGGGAAAUGAUUUUGAAACAGUUUGAGUUUAGUUGUAAGCAAUUCCUCUCCCCACACAUCGCUCUAAUAUUUUUACAGACACUGCCGAAUUAUGUUCUUUGGAGUGCAUCCUCAACAGACCUGUCUAUGCUAAGUAAAUACAAUUUCAUUAAAAUGGACCCAUUUGGUAAGAAAUCUCAAAAAACUGAGUUCCUUCCACUUUGCAAAUGUUUGGCUCAACAAAUUUUCACAUAAGUUUUCUAUUUUCAAAAUGAAUGUAUUUUGGGGUAACAUAAAUAUGUAUACAAAAUUAAAGCAUAUCUAUGAACAGUGAAACAUUAGGAAUGUUCAUUUAAUGCUUUUAUAAAUUUAGCUUUUAUUUCAGUAGUACCCAACCAAAGAUGAUUAAGAAUCUAUUUUGUUCACAUAGAAAAAGAAAAUCAGAAAAUGAGAUGUUAACUAGCUGCACUUCUCUGGAUGCUGGUUUCAAUGUAGGUGUAUUUUUGUAAAUAUGACAGCAUUCGCGAGAAUAUUCCUCACAUUUUAGGAAUAUUCAACAUAGUCUUAUACUUAGUUAUGAUAUAAAUGUUAUAUAUAGAUUUAAAAUUCAGACAGUGGCUGUUAUCAAAUUCCUUUCAGGGUAGAAAUAAAAGCUUGGUUUGGAAAUGAACUGUGCUUGCGGAAUGCGGAAAAGGGUGAAACAAAAGGACAAGUGUCUGUAAGGCAGACGGAGAGUCAAUGACACGCACUGCCUUCUGAAGGGUCAUGUAACUCUAAAACGGGGUUUGUCUGUUGAACUCUGCCCUGUCCUCUGCACACAAGCUUUACCUAAUUCUUGCAGAAAUACGAUGUGAAAAUGUUAUUGUGGAGUUUCUAUGCCCCUUGCAGAAUUUGUACCCUGCAUAAACCCUGUGUUCCUUUGACUCCUCCUGUGACAGUAAAUUGCUGGAAUCCACCUGAUGAUUCAACUGACAUAUUUAUGAUUGAGUUCAUAUGUUAAAAUGUUUUAAAAAGUAUCUUUUAUGUAGUGAUUUUAAUGUUAAAAUAAAAAGAA